AAAACAUGGCGGAAAAUUGUGUUGACCCGUGUUGACAGUCCCAGCAGGGCAAAUGGUCAUAGUCUGAAAGUGUUCCGCUUUACGGUCGGAUUUAUGCUGUUUUAUAAUCAUGUUGUCAAACGGAAGAAAUCCAGGAGUUUUCCUAAAGACUUUCAAUCAUUUUCAACACUUCAAUUAUCGGACAGAAUCAUUGAGAGGAACCAUGAAGCUCCACAAACACUGGUUCUGCUGCACACCGGAAUCUCCACCCAGAAUCAGAUCCAGACCUCCGUGGAGACUCAUGUUCUUUGGUACCGAUCAGUUCGCUGUAGAAUCCCUGAGAGUCCUCACAGACAGCAGGAACACCAGCGAAGGACUAGUGGAGACACUGGAUGUUGUCACAAUCCAUGGCAAUGUUCCUGUGAGAAAGUUUGCUGAGCAGAACCGGCUGCGGACCCACAGCUGGCCUCCUGACGUCGCUGAAGGACAGUUUGAUGUUGGUGUCAUCGUGUCGUUUGGUCAUUUACUCCAGCAGAGACUUAUCAACAUGUUUCCAUAUGGGAUCCUAAACGUUCACCCGAGCCUGCUGCCCCGCUGGAGGGGUCCGGCUCCGGUUUGUCACACAGUCCUGAACGGAGACACGGUGACCGGGGUCACUAUCAUCCAGAUCCGUCCUCACAAGUUUGAUGUUGGACCCAUUCUGAACCAAGACUUGUUCUCGGUACCUAAGGACUCCACUGCUGUGGAGCUUGGAACGUCCCUGUCCAUCAGAGGAGGACAUCUGCUGAUGGACACGCUGAGGACCCUUCCUGAGAAAAUCAGAAAUGGAAGGGAGCAGGGAGAGGCCGGGGCCACCUUCGCUCCUAAAAUCAGUCCCUCCAUGGGCUGGAUCAUGUGGGAGGACCAGACCUGUGACCAGAUUGCCCGCCUGUACGGGGCCAUCGGAUUACGGAGCCCUUUAAAGACCAUCUGGAUGGGCAGAACAAUUAAACUUUUGGACUUUGUUGGAAGGUGGAACAUGUCAGAACCGGUCAAUCGGACCCCUGGUUCUGUCCACUUUGAUAAGACCUCCUGCACGCUGGCUGUUUGCUGUAAGGACGGUUGGGUCGGGUUCAGGACUGUGGUUCUGAAGAAAAAACUAACAGCAAUUGAUUUCUAUAAUGGCUACUUACAUCAAAUCUGUCCGAGGAGCUCGGCCAAUCAGAGCGCAGCACGUUUCUUCAGUAAAAAACCCGAGGCGCGUAACAAGAGUACAGACUAG